AUGAACACUAUCAUUUCAGAAACAAAUGAUAAAAGUAGUGAUGACAAUAUGCAUGAUAAUUAUUUGUAUUACCCUAAUUUUAAAAUGUACAUAAGUGAAAAUAAUAAUAAUUAUAAUAAUAACAAUAAUAAUAAUAAUAAUAUCAAUAAUAAUUUGAAUGAAGAAAAUUUUGAAGAGUCAAGAAAAUAUAUACAUAAAGAAAUAACAAAAACACUUAAGGCUAAUUCAGUUAAGAUAAAUAAAAUAUCUUUGGAUGGUCAUGCAGAAAAAAAUAAAAAGGAAUAUAUAUAUAAUGAAAAUAAUAAUAAUAGUAAUAAUAUGGAUAAUAAAGAAUUAAAUAAUAAGAAAAAUAUUGUUAAUAAUAAUUAUAAUAAAAUGAUAAAAGUUAAUAAAUAUAUGACAUGCAAUGAUAAAAUUAUUAGUGGUAUUGAAAAUGAACUGAAUAAUAAUAUAUAUCGACAUAAUGAAAAUGAUAAGAAAUACGACAUGGUAAAUAAUAAUAAUAUUAUAAAUAAUUAUAGCAUAUUGAAUAAUAAUAAUAAUAAUAAUAUAUUAAAUAAUAAUAAAAAUUUUAAUAAUAAUAAUAUGAUUAAUAAUAAUAAUAAUAAUAAUAAUAUGGAUAAUAAAGAAUUAAAUAAUAAGAAAAAUAUUAUUAAUAAUAAUUAUAAUAAAAUGAUAAAAGUUAAUAAAUAUAUGACAUGCAAUGAUAAAAUUAUUAGUGGUAUUGAAAAUGAACUGAAUAAUAAUAUAUAUCGACAUAAUGAAAAUGAUAAGAAAUACGAUAUGGUAAAUAAUAAUAAUAUUAUAAAUAAUUAUGGCAUAUUAAAUAAUAAUAAAAAUUUUAAUAAUAAUAAUAUGAUUAAUAAUAAUAAUAACAUGAUUAAUUAUAAUAAUAAUAAUAUGAUUAAUUAUAAUAAUAAUAUGAUUAAUAAUAAUAGCGUGUAUAAUAAAUGUGAUCAGGUUUAUGAAAAUAUUAAUGUAACAAAUAAUUCUUUCUUAAAUGGAAGAACAGAUGUUAUGCGUAAAGAUUUUUUUUUAGAAGUUAAUAGAAAUGAUAAUUUAGUACACGAUUAUAAAUUAAAACAUAAUAUAGAUAAUUUUGUUUUUAGUAAUGAUGAAAUGAUAUAUAAAACGAUAAAGGGUAAUAACAAGUUGUAUGAUAUAUAUAAGAAUAAUAAUACGGAUAGAAACAUUAAUAAUAAUAUGAAUAUAUAUGAAAAUGAAAUUAAUAAUAAUAUAAAUAACAUGAAAAAUAUUAAUAUUAACUUAUUUCGUAUGAAUGAAUUAAACCAUGCAACUUGUAGUAAAAGAAAUCAAUCUAAUUUUAUGAAGAAAAAUAAUAAAGAAUCUAAAAAGGAAACCACAAAUAAUAUUAAAAAGAUUGACAUCCAUAAUAAAAUUAUUAAUAAUGAUAAUAAUAAUAAUAAUAAUAAUAAUAAUAAUAAUUAUAAUAAUAAUUAUAAUGAUAACAUUAUUCGAAAUAUAACAUUUAAACAUGUUGAUAAUAAAAAUGAUGAAAAUGAAUGUAUUGAUUAUAAUUUAUAUAAUGAGACUUUUAUGGACAUGAAUAUAUCAUAUAACAGCCUUAUGAAUGAUAACAUUAAUGAUGUUAGCAUGCAUAACAAUAAAAAUGAGGACUACAAUAUAAUGAAUAAUAAUUAUAAUAUAUAUAUGUAUAAUAAGAAUAAAAAUCCCACAAAACCAUAUUCAAAAAAAUUGUUUACUGAUAAGAAUGAAUAUUCCAAAAUUAAUAUAAUAGAAAAUGAUUGUAAUAAAUAUAAGAAGUAUAAUAAUUUGAAGGAUAACUUUUAUAUGAAUAACAAUUAUAAAAAUAUAUGUACAAAUAUGGAUUAUGUAAAAAAUAAAUCAGAAUAUUAUAUGAAACCUGAUAUGAAAGAUAAACGUUAUGCAAAUAAUAAUAUGUAUGAUGAUUUUUUUACUAUUGAAAAUAUGGAAAAAUGUGAUGAGAAAAAGGAUUACUUAAAAAAUGAAGAAUAUAACUACAAUAUGAAUUGUAAUAAUAGGUUAACAACAAAUGAAACAUACAAUUCUGGUACAUAUAAUAGUGGUAGUUAUAAUAAUACAAGUUUCCAUAGUACAAAUAUUAAUAACAAUCCUUAUGAUAAUGUAAAUUUUAAGAAAUCCACUUAUAAUAAUGGAAUGUUUAGUAAUGCUACAUAUAAUAAUUAUACUUAUAAUAAUGCAAUUUUUUCAAACAAUGUUUAUAAUAAUAAAAUGGCAACAAAUAGUAUACCUAGUAGUAAUAUUCAUAGUAAUAAUAAUAUUCAUGUUAAUAGAAGUUUUCAUAGUAAUAAUAAUUUUGACUUAUAUAUGCCACAUUCCCCUUUUGAUGGUGCUGAAAAUAUUAUUUCAAACAACAAAAAGAAUAUGAAAGAUAAUUCUUUUCAGGAUGGAAAGCAAAAAAAAGUAUUUAACACUUUGUGUGAGAAUAACAAUUCAGCGUUUAAUAAUUUAAACAAAGAGUAUAUACGUGGAAAUAAUAUGAACACCUCCUCAAUCAACGGAAUUGUGAAUAACAAAAAAGGUAAAGAAAAGAAAAUUAUUUUUCAUGAUAUGGAAAUUAAAAAAAGAGAAAACAACAUGAUAAAUGAAAACUUAAUAGAUAAUCCUUCUGAACCUAAUACAGGAUUGUUGAGCAGUUUCGACUUUAUGUCUUAUCAGCCUUAUAAUAAAAAUAAUGAUAAGGAACCUAAUAAUAACAAAAAUAAAAUGAAUAUUAAAGGAAAUUAUAAAAUGAAUAAUAAAUUGAAUAAUCAAAUGAAUCAUCAUAUUGAUGUUGAUGAUGAUGAAGCAUUGAAUAAAAGAAAGAAGAGUCAUAACAUUUUAAAUAACAAUCAUGUUAUAAUAAAUAAGAAAGAAUGUGGAAACUCAAAUGAUUUCGUAGCCAGGGACAAUCACACAUACAAUAAGAAUUUCAUGGAUAGUUAUGAUAAUAAACAUUUUGAUGUCAAUAAUAAUAAUGAUGAUGAAAAUGAUAAUUAUGAUGAACAUAAUAAUUAUGAUGAAAAUGAUAAUUAUGAUGAAAAUGAUAAUUAUGAUGAACAUAAUGACUAUGAUGGCCAUAAUAACUAUGAUGAACAUAAUAAUUAUGAUGGCCAUAAUAACUAUGAUGAACAUAAUAACUAUGAUGGAAAUAAUAACUAUGAUGGAAAUAAUAACUAUGAUGAAAAUAAUAACUAUGAUGAAAAUAAUAACUAUGAUGGAAACAAUAACUAUGAUCAAAAUAAUAACUAUGAUGGAAAUAAUAACUAUGAUGAUAUGCAUUAUUAUCAUACAAAUUCCAAUAUAACAAAUACCCCAAGUAAUAACUUUUUACUUGGAGAUUCAAUGAAUGUAGACAAUAAAAUUGAUAAGAAUAAUGAAUUACAUAAUGAGCAAGAAGAAAUAGAAAACGGAGGGGAAAAUAUACAUGAAAAUAAAGUAUAUGUAAUAAAACUUUUUUUUGGAAAUUUAGCUCCUAUAACUACAGAAAAAGAUAUGCACAAUUUGUUUAGUAAUUUUGGUAGAUGCGAUUCAUUAAUUAUAUUAAAAGAUAGAAGAAGUAAAUCACGAGGAUCUGGUUUUGUUACUUUUUAUAACAGAGAGGAAGCAGUAAAUGCCAUAAAAUGUUUAAAUAAUAAAAUAAUUUUAUCAGGUGCUCAUAAACCAUUGGAAGUUCGUUUCCCCGAAAAUAAAGAAGAAAAGAAAAUAAGAACCAAAUUAUUAAAUGCAGCAAAAUGGAAGGGUAAAAAAAUUGCACCUAGUGGAUGUCUACCAAUAAGUACUGAGGAUAUAUUAAACCAAUCAUCCUUAACAAUGAAUAGUACAAAUAAUAUGUCCAUCUUAAAUGCGAAUGAUUCGUAUAAUAUGUUUUCAGAAAAUGAAAAUACUGUAGUAUAUGAUAAUAAAGAUAUGAAUCAUUAUGAUAAUGCAAAUAUAAAUCAUUUAAAUUGGUCAGAACAAUUUUCGGAGUUAUGUAAAACGACUAGUGAAACAACAACUGAAACCUUAAAUAAUGAUUAUUUUAAUAAAAUGGAAGAGCUUAAAAUGGCUACAUAUAAUCGUCUAUAUGGAAACGGACCUCAUAAGAAUUACACUGAUAAUAUGAAUAUUAAUUUAAUGUUACAAGGAAACUUGGGUGAAUUUCUACCCAAAUUUUUAAUAGACAAUAAUAUUAGUAGUGCAAAUAAUGCUUCUUCGUUUGGAAAGAGCAAAGAUAUUAAUAAUGUUAUUCAGAAUGAUGAUAAUAUGGAUGAUAAUAAUAAUAAUAAUGACAAUUAUUAUGAUAAUAACAUUUUGGAUAUGAAAAAUGGGACCGCAAUUAAAUAUUUAAACAAUAAGGAAAAAAUAAUAGAUAAUACAGUUGUGAAUAAUAUGAACAAUUAUAAAGAAAAAUUAGAAAGGUUCAAUGAAAGAUAUUAUGAAAAUGAUUUAAGUUUCUUAAACUUUCCAACAACUGUAACACGUCAUGAUAAAAACCAUCAAAUAGAUAAAAGAAAAAACUGUUUUGAAGCAUAUAUAGACAAUAACAAUUAUUUUAUUGAUAGUAAUCUAAAGGAAGUUAUAGAAAAUAAUUUAUAUUCAAAUAUAGAUAAAGAGCAAAUUCAUAAAGGCCUAGAAGUAAACAAAUCAUCAAGCAUAAAUCAUAUAGUAAAAGAAGAAGUUGGUAGUAUGAUUCAUGAUAAGGAUAUAUAUAUAAAAAAGAAGAAGAAUGAAAAUAUAACUAAUGGAUAUAAUAAUAUGAAUGUACAUCAUUUAGGUUUUAAUUUAUUUGAUUUAAUAAAAACUAAUGAUGAUGUAUUAUUGAAAAAUGAAUAUAUAAAUAAUAAUUCUCUUAACCAUGAUAUGGACAAUAUACUAUUAGCUAAUAAUAAAAAAGAUAAUAAUAAUAAUAAUAAUAAUAAUAAUAAAAAUAAUAAUGAUAGUAAUAAUAAUAAUAAUAAUAAUAUGAAUAGUAAUAAAUCUAUAGAUGAUAUGAUACCUUAUGAAAGUUUGAAAAAAAUAAAUGAUUUAUAUAAUUUUAAGUAUAAUAAUUUUUAUGAAGAAUCAGUCAAACUUCUAGGAACUAACCUCACUGAAGAUAUAAGCUUAAAUAACCCUGAUGUAAAUUUUAAUAAAUAUGAUGAAUAUUUAAAUUUAUAUAAACAAAAUGAAGGAAAUAAAAAAACAGAGGAACAGGAAGACCACACAAAAAAAAAAGAUGAACAAAAUAAUGAUUUACUAUCCUUAUUACCUCAAGAUUUUAAUAAAGAAGAAUUUUAUUUAAAUCUUAAAAAUAUGGAAAGAAAUAAUGAUAGUUUAAGUGAUGAAAUGUUAAAAAAUUUAAUCAACCUAUAUACAAAAAAUAAAUCAUCUAUAUUUACUUCCCAUAUGUUUAGUUAUCUAAAUAAUGUUCUUUGUGAAAUAAAUAAUGCUUUGGAAAUAUUCAACAAAUUUAAUGCAAAUAGUUCCAUCCAAAAUAAUAGUGAUAAUAGUACCAAAGAAUAG